AUGGAAGUUAUUCAAAAUAAUAUUAGUCUUUCAAUAAAUGAUAAAGAUUUAGCUAAUAUAAAAAAAUUGAGAGAAUUAGUUAAAGAGGAGUUAACACCUUACUAUGAUACAGACUUUAAUUUGUUGCGUUGGCUGCAAGGCCAUCAUAAUAAUUUUGAAGAAAUUGUUCCAAAGCUCAAAAGUCAUUUGGCAAUGAGAAAGUCUAAUUUUAAAUUGGAUAUUAUUGCUGACGGCCCUCGUAACAAUCCUGUACAUUCUUAUUGGGAGUCUGGAUUGACUUGUGAGGCAGAAUUAACACCAAAUUGUAUUGUUAAUGUUGAGCAGACUGGGGCUAACGAUUAUUGGGGAAUUUUGCAUAAAUUUUCACUCAACGAAAUUUUAAUGGCAAGGAUAUACGAUUUGGAGACAAUGUUAAGAAAAAUAAUGGAAAAAGAGAAAGAAACGGGUACUUCUAGUCUAAAUAAUUUUUAA